AUGGCUGUGAUGGUACUGAAAUAUGAUCUUUUAUUCUGUCUCAUUAUAUUUAUAUUAAUUCCUAGAGCGUUACCUCUUCCAUAUAAUCAACCAAAGUUUUGUCCAACAACAACAUGGGAUAAAAAUAGUAUCACUUUUGCUAAUGUAACAACAAUUGGUGCUCCUCCACGUUCUGUUUUUGUAACUAAAAACAAUACAGUUUACGUUCCUAGUUAUCAAAAUAAUCAAACCGUCGUAUGGCUCAAUAAUAGUUUAUAUCCCUCACAAGUUAUUUCUGGUGGUUUAUCAAUUUCAUAUGCUCUGUUUGUUACAGAUUAUGGUGAUACUUAUAUUGAUAAUGGUGGAACAAAUCAUCAAGUUGAUAAAUGGAUAAAAAGUACAAAUACAUUUGUUAACGUUAUGAAUAUUAGUACAGGAUGUUGGGGUAUAUUUAUUGAUAUUAAUAAUACAUUAUAUUGUUUAUUAUAUUCUGCUCAUAAAAGUGUUAAAAGAUGGUUAAAUAGUACUGUAAUAACAUCAGUUGAUGCAAUUAGUACAGGCUAUCCAAAUUUGAGUCCACAUGAACUUAAUAGUCCAAUUGGAAUCUUUAUUGAUGUGAAUUUUGAUAUAUAUGUAGCUGAUUGCGGA